CUUAUUCUAUAAACAUAACCUCCUCCUCAAUUUCGAACAUCAAAACCUCAAUAACAACGAAUGGCCAAGAUUUAUCCUCAACAAGAAUCCACUUCCUCUGUUUCUCAAUGUUUAAGUUCCAAAAGAGAAACAUAUACUCUAUGGAUGAAAUCACUUGUUCUUCAUUCUAAUGGUUGCACCGUCUAUGAUUCAAAUGGUCACAUAGUUUAUCGAGUUGAUAAUUAUGAUAGAAAGGGUACAUCAGAAGUUAAUCUCAUGGAUUUACAAGGCAAUGUUCUUUGUACCAUCAAAAAGAAAUUACUAGCUUUUGGAUGUUGGGAAGGACACAAAUAUGACAAUGAUUAUAAUUGUAGAAGCAAAGAGCAACCAUGGUUUCAAGUUAAAAGAUGUAAUAAGAUUAUUAAUAAAGGGAAAGUAGCUUGUCAAAUUAAAGUGGGGUGCCAAAAUUUGUGCAUAGAAACAAUUAGUACUAGCAAAGUAUUUGCUUUUCGGAUAGUAAACAAAGAUGGACAAAUUAUUGCAGAGGCAAAACAAAAACACUCAGCCACAGGAGUUGUAUUGAGUAAUGAUGUUCUAACGUUGGAUUUAGCUGCUGGCACAGAUCAUUCCCUAAUAAUGGCUUUGGUUACAGUGUACGGAUUAAUAUGUGGUAUAAUGUAGAUACAUAUAUUUAUAAUGAAUUAGGAACAAUUCAUUUGGAGGCCCUGAUUCGGAAAAUAUUUUUCCUGUGUACAAGACUCACAACGUUUACAGUAUUGUAAAUUUUGUAAUUAAUUAGUGUUUGGGUCAGUUUGUAUAAAAAAGAUUAUGAACUUCAUCAGGAUCCAAUUAGAGACACUGAGAUAAUAUGUAUAUGUACACAUAUAGUUUUCUUUACACACAAAAAUAUAUAGUACAGUAGAGUUUUUUUGGGUGCAAAAUACAUAGUAGAAUUUAUUGUAUACAUCUUGGUUGGAUCUUUAUUUUUUUUA